GCUUAGACGUGAGUGCCUCUUAAUUGGAUCUGUGCACGCGAUGUUUUUAAGUAACAUUGUACAAAAGUGAAACCGAAUUCGGAGGAAAGUUCCAGCAGAUUAUUUCAUAACUCUGACAGCCAGGAGGUCGAGUUAUCUUUUUCCUCUCGCAAACCGUGUACUUGAUUUUAAAGGUCGAGGUCUCAGCACUAAUUCAUCACAUUGAAGUCGAGCGACAGAGUUUGAAGAGCAAAUAGAACACGGUCUUUGAGGGUAGCUAAAGAGAAAAUAUCGCAGGUGGUAGAGAUCCCACCUCAGGGCAUUCGAUUACAGACCAUCGCUUAUUUAAGGCAGACGCAGUUGGAUUAAAACGCCAUGUCAUUUGCGAUUUCUUCAAAAUUCUACACUUUUAUGGUUUUUACGACCAUAUUUCAGCCAUUUGGGUCUUCACAAAGAGUUGCCAAUCAGAUGUUAUUCGAUUUAUUGUUUUCACAUUAUGAUAAGGACGUGAGACCCAACCACGGAGUCGGGCCAUUGGAUAUGGAGGUGGACCUGUACGUCGAGUCGUUUGCAAAUAUUGCAGAAGCCAAUAUGGAGUACACCUUAUUUGGUUACUUUCGUCACUACUGGACAGACAAGCGUUUAGCGAAUAAAUCCAGGGAGAUUAUUCACCUGAAGGGAUCAACCAUUGAGCAUGCGUGGUUGCCUGAUACAUAUAUCAGUAAUUCAAGACAGUCCAAUCUCAGACAAAAAGACUCCGAAGCAGAGAGUUCUUUAUUUCUUUAUCCCAAUGGCGCAAUUUUCUACUCGAAAGGGGUGAAAAUUGUGGCCUCUUGUGCCAUGGACUUGAAGGAUUUUCCAAUGGACACACAAAAGUGUGGCUUAUCUUUGGGAAGUUAUGGACACAGCUCGGCAGAUGUCGAAUACAAGUGGAAGCGGGACAAUAUCGUAGUUGAGAAAAAGAACAUUGCUCAGUUUGACAUGACAGAAGCCUCAACAGACAGAAACGUUAUGUCUUAUGUCUCUGGAAACUACACCCAACUUCUAGUCUCCUUCCACUUUGAACGUCGUAUUGGUUAUUACGUCAAUCAGGUCUACAUCCCGGACACGCUGAUAGUCACAAUCAGUUGGAUCGUUUUCUGGUUGGGCCAGGAUGAUAUGGGAGGUCGAGUAGGACUGGGAAUCACCACGCUUUUGACCAUAAUGUUUCUGUUGGGCUCGGUGAAUAUGUCUCUUCCUCGAGUGAGCUAUGCAAAGGCUAUAGACUGGUAUCUGAUUGUCUCCUUUGUGUUCGUGUUUCUUGUUUUGUUCGAGUGCAUCAUCGUGUACGUUUUCUGUCAACGAAAGCGAUCACGGGAAGAGAGCGGUCGGGACAGGAGUUUGGAACUAGAGGAGGGAAAGACAGAGAGAGCACGUAUUGGAGAUAGUUUGUAUAUAGAAAAGCUCUUAAAGAAUGAUGGUUUUGUAAACGUGGAGAUGCUUUCAAACAACAGUGAAUUGACGAUAGUCAGUUCACGAAACAACGUCAACUCAUUCCUCCCAGAGAAAAAAAGUGACAUUGAAAUGACAGAAAGGUCAAUUCAGAGAGAAACGAUGAGUUUGAAAAAGAAUCGAGCAAGGCUUUCGAUUGGUGAUGUAAUCGAUCGUAUCUCGCGCUUUAUUUUUCCUCUUGCCUUCAUUUCUUUCAACGUCUUUUAUUGGAAUCAUUACUUAAACAAAUGAUAUGGUAAAGAGUGUUCUGGAUCAAAUUACUAGCCUUACAGAAAGGACCAUAACAUGAAGAUUUAAACAUUACAAAAUCACAGGAAAAUUUUGGAGAAACUGAUUUUUUAUUCCAUGUAGUUGUUGCUGAAUUUUUUCUGAGAUAAUAACAAUUAACGCUUUCUUUAAUCACUGAUAAACAUGUAUGUGCACAUGUAAUUUCGUUUGAAUGUAGUGUUAGAUUGUUAACCUCCCAUUCCCAAGAUCUUGGGUGUUUAUUAUUUUCUGUCAUUUCUGUUAUUUCUAGUGAUAUUAACUCUGAGAGUUUCCUUAAGACUCCGACAAGGUCAUUAGAUGAAAUCUUCAGUUCAGUUCUCAAUACCUGUUUUCCUCAGAUUUUAAUAGUAUUUAGAUCGAGGAGAAAUGAUACCCUGGCCGGGCUUAGGAUUAGGUGGUUUACAUGCGUUUAUGACCUUGAGCACAAAAUACAGAAAUACAAACUUCUGCAUGAUCGAAUUCCUCAAAGUUUCAACUCUUUAAAUCUUUAUGAUAGUUUAGCUCAUGAAUACUGGCAAUGUGGGAAAAUUCGUUUCAUUUGGGUGUUAAUGAACACUGACAUUGAAGGCUCCAAGUCAGUCUCGAUUUCUUUUAAUGUAAGAUAAUAAGUCCUCUAAGUCCAUUAUUCCUCGUGAACUCCAAAAGUUGUACGAGGGAGUCAAAUCAUAUUGCAUUUGGUAAAACAUUCACGAUCGGUUUCUAAUAUUGAACAAUUUAAAGCAACAGAAAAUGAAAAAAAAUGAUAUAAACUAUAAUUCUUAAAUGUUCAUGUUGAAUUAAUGAAUGUCAGGUGCGUUCUUUGUUUGUAAAGAAGAAAUAGCCCUGUAAGUGUGAAAUAAAGCAUGGAAAACUUAA